AUUACCGCGAUUAGGGUUUUAUCAGGCAGCUGAUCUUCUUUUCGGCAACCUCUGGAAUCCUAGUCUCAACUCUCAAGUCGAAGUUCUCUCCACACAGCAAACAUGGGGAAGACACGUGGUAUGGGAGCUGGACGCAAGCUGAAGUCCCACCGCAUAAGGCAGAGGUGGGCUGAUAAGGCCUAUAAGAAAUCUCAUCUUGGGAAUGAAUGGAAGAAACCAUUUGCUGGUUCUUCCCAUGCAAAAGGCAUUGUGCUUGAGAAGAUAGGCAUUGAAGCUAAGCAGCCAAACUCUGCUAUUCGAAAAUGUGCUAGGGUUCAACUCAUUAAGAAUGGGAAAAAGAUUGCUGCUUUUGUCCCCAAUGAUGGUUGUUUGAACUAUAUCGAAGAAAAUGACGAGGUAUUGAUUGCUGGAUUUGGUCGUAAAGGUCAUGCCGUGGGUGAUAUUCCUGGUGUCAGGUUCAAGGUGGUGAAGGUCUCUGGCGUUUCUCUACUUGCCCUCUUCAAGGAGAAGAAGGAGAAACCAAGAUCUUAGUUUGCCUAUCCCCCCUCAGUGUUUUGUUGGUCUCAAGAAUUGUGAUGAACUUUUUUCUGUUUCAGAGUUCUUAUGUGGUGGAGAAACAAUUUUGAAUCUAGUUGGAAUUUUGACUGUUAUUGAUUUAUACAUCUCUCUGUCAUUGUUUGU